GGCUCGUCCCAGCUAUGGCUUCGUCGCCAAUGGAGGACAUGGUUGCCGACCUGGAGAAGCUUGCGGCGGCGCUCCCAUCGUCACAGCCGCCAUCGCCAUCCUCGAAUCCACGGCAAGGUCUGUCAUUCUCGGUAGCAGGAGUAGGAUUAGGCAGCGGCGGUGAUGGCGGAGGCAGCGGCAGCUAUGGCGAGCGCUGGGAUCGACCGACGAUGCCCUCAGAGCUUAUGGACAGCACGCUCAGCCUGGAUUUCGGCAAUCUUGGGGCGGAGCCAGCGCCAAUCGAGCCAAGAAUCCCCGAAAUAUCUGGAAUCGCUGGGGUUCCAGCAGCUCUAGCUCCAUCGCCUUCCCAGAAUGGGGAGAAUGGGGAGAAUGGCGAGAAUGGCGAGGAACGGGGACGGCUUUUGAUCCACUACGUGGGCGGCUCCAUCACGUUCUUGCUCCAGAUCGCCGUGGUUGCGUGGAGCGUGAGGCAGCUUCGCAGGGUCUUGGCUCGGCGGCGACAGAUGCUUAGAGAUGGACAAGGGGUGAGCGAGGCGAGGAUCAAUAGCCUUCCGUUCAGACCUGUGGAUUCUCCGCUCUACUCGAUGCUAAGUCCCAAGGCGGUGAGGAAGCUCGCGGAGCUGGAUAGCGUGCCCUUCUUGCUCAUCGACGUGAGGCAUCCGGAUGCUGUUCGUGCUAGCGCCUUCUCGCUCGAGUACGUGAUCAACAUUCCAGAAAGUGAAGUGAGAGCCUGCUUACAACUCGUAGAAAGCGUAUGGGAUAGCCGGUUUCCAGCAGCUAAGCAACCGACGAGAACCGCUAUUCUGGUUUUUGUUUCGACGAGAGGACAGCGAGCACAACGGGCUGCUACUGUUGCUGCUGAGCUUGGCUUUAACGGAUGCUGUGUUCUUUCUGGAGGAAUCCAGGCGUACAUGUCCGAUGCCGGAAGUUCCUACAUCAAUUUUCUGGGAAGGGAUGCUGUUGCAUUCGUACUGCAGGAGGCGGGAUUUAACGCAAAAGAGCAACAGCCAGGCAUCCGGCCUCUGUUGAUAGACGUUCGCAGAUAUGACGAGAGGUCCCUCUACGGCCACAUUCCUGGCUCUUUACACAUUCCAGUGGAAGAAUGGCCUAAAGGCUUGGCUAUGAGUGCGAGCGAUUGGGAGAACAAUCAUCAUUUUCCAAAGAUUGAGGAGAACGACGUGGUGAUUCUAUACAGCAGGACGUCGAAGCGAGCAAUGUGGGUGGCCCAGUUGUGCUCGGAUGCUGGCAUAACAAGGUGCUAUGUGUACAAACAAGGAGUUUCUGGAUGGCGUUUGGAUCCAACAGUGCUUCCUUAUGAUCGAUACGAACAGGGAGAUGCGCCACCCGAGCCGCUGAGUUUCGAAGUUGAGACUUACAACCGAGACGCUGCUGAGAUCGAGCUAAGGCAAAAGGGGUUUAUUGUGACGAUCCAAACUCCAGCAGGUGAUUGAUCCUCUCAAGUUCUCAUCAACCAAAAGUAUAUAAAAUCUGUGGGAGUAAUCGUCGGUAUGAUUUCUAUCCGCUGAGCUCUUUGUGAUGCUCACUCAGGUGAUAAAGAAGACAAGAUAUAUGACGAGAUCAUUCAUGAGCUCGAGCUGGAAAAAGCACUGCUCAAAGAAAUCGAUAGCCGAGAAUGGCAGUGCAACACUGGCUAAACGAAAACGCUCUUGGGAGUUCUUCGUGGAAAUCGUUCUCCAGA